AAUAGGUUUAUACGUCCACUUCGAACAAGAUCGUUAGUCAUUCCACAGUGAGGCAGCGUUAUAAGAACGAUAUAUAGUUUCGCAGUUCAUUUCUUUUCGAUUAUGUCUACUGAAGUUUUGGUUUGAACAGUGAUUCCACCAUAUCAGCAGUGAAUUUUAAUUUCAAUUUGCAAUGAUGGCUUUUCCGAUAUUAGAAGUUAUUGCAUUAGCUGCUGUGAUAUUAUUUCUACUUUAUUACUAUUUCACAUCGGCUUUGCAAUUUUGGGAAAAACGAGGCGUGAAGGGACCGAAACCUAUUCUAUUUCUGGGCAAUUUUAAGGAUGUGUUUCUCGGAAAAGUUUCGAUCAACGAUUGUUUGGUCAAAGUUUACAAUGACUUCAAAGAUGAACCGAUGGUUGGAAUUUUUGGUGGUCACAUCCCGCACCUAGUUUUGAGGGACCCAGACUUAAUCAAAGAUGUUCUUAUUAAAGACUUUCCAAACUUCGUUGACAGAUUAGUAACACCUAAUAAAGUUGAACGACUGUCAGAACAUCUUUUCAGUCUUGAGGCAAAAAGAUGGAGACCUUUAAGGGCCUGCCUCUCGCCUAUUUUUACUUCGGGAAAGCUGAAAGAAAUGUUUCACUUGCUAGUCGAAUGCGGAAAUCACUUUGAACAGUACUUAAUUAAAUUAGUUAAGAAAGGCGAAGACAUCCCAUGUCGUGAGAUUUGUUCAAAAUAUACCACAGAUGUGAUCGGUUCUUGUGCGUUUGGGAUAGAGAUGAACGCAUUAGCAGCAGAAGACAGCGAAUUUCGUAAAAUGGGCAGACAAAUCUUCCAAACAAAUUUUAAAUCUGUCAUUAAAGAUAGAUUGAGAGAAUACCCAUUCCUAUUUAACCUCAUCGGACCAUUCUUUGCUGAUAGGGAAGUCGAAGACUUCUUCACAAGAAUCACCAAUGAGAGUAUAAACUAUAGGAUGCAGCACAAUUUUAAAAGGCACGACUUUAUUGAUACUUUGACCGAGCUGAAAAAGGAUUCACGAAAAGUCAGCGAUGAACCAUUGUCUGAGGUUUUCUUGGCUGCGCAAGCUUUCGUCUUCUUCGCUGCUGGUUUUGAAACAUCCUCCAUAACAGUAACUCAUGCUUUAUAUGAGUUAGCAUUCAACCAGUCAGUUCAAGACAAACUUCGAGCAGAAGUUAAGGAAGUUCUUCAACGCCACAAUGGUCAAAUCACUUACGAAAUGUUGAAGGAAAUGAAAUAUUUGGAUGCAGUCAUGAAUGAAACAUUACGAAAGUAUCCAGUAGUAUUAUGGUUAAGCAGAACAGCAAUGAACGAUUACACAUUUUCGAAUACAAAGGUCACCAUUCCGAAAGGACAACAUGUAAUUGUGCCCGUUGAAGCUAUUCAAAUGGAUCCCGAUAUUUAUCCAGAACCAGAAGUUUUUGAUCCUAACAGAUUUCUUGAUGAAAAUGUGAAAGACAGACAUGCUAUGUUCUAUUUACCGUUCGGAGAUGGUCCAAGAAAUUGUAUUGGUGCAAGAUUUGCCAAAAUUCAGUCGAAGGUAGCGAUGAUCAAGAUUUUUUCAAAUUUUAAAGUUGAUGUAUGUGACAAAACUAUGAAGUAUAACAGAGACGUCAAAGCUUUCUUUCUUUUACAACCAACGCACGAAAUAUAUCUAAAGAUGACAAAGAUUUGAAAAUACAAUGGUAUUGAUUAUGGUAUCGCUCAAAAAAGAAGGAAUAGUCCAUUUGAUGAUAACAAGCUUUAAAAUUAUAUUCAAACUUUGUGUGAAUCAAAGGUUGUACAAAUUGAGAUUCGAUAUGCGCUUGAUUGUAAAUCUCCUUGUAAAUAUAAUAUAUUAACGGGAGUAGAAUAUUAAAUUAAUGCAUAAUUAUAAUUAUGUUUGUAACCGAACAAAUCUUUGCAUUAAUUUGAAUUCUAUUUUAAACUACUAGUAUCAACUUUUGAAAUCGGCGCCAAAUUUACACCAUUGAAAUGUAGUUUUCGCAGUCAGAGAUUUUAUUAACCUAUGUAAGAAUUUCACAGCAUAUUUAUUAUUUUUUUAGACAAUUCUUGCAUAUAUUAUUUGUGAAGAAUUUUAAUUAGUACUUGCUCAUAAAAUUUGACGUCAACUUCGAAAAGUUUACAUUAGUAGAUGAAAAAUUCUAAUUAACACAAAAUUAACACAUUUAUAAUGAUCAAUGAUAAUUUUUCUUUACUAUU